AUGUCGAACCUCCCACCCGGCCGACAGAGACCUGGCGAUGUUGGUCUUAACAGAGUAUCUCUUAGUUCUCGUGGCACUGCACCUGGCACAGCAUCAGCAGCAUCAGCAGCAGCAGCAGCAGCAGGAGGAGCAGCAGGAGGAGGAGGAGGAGGAGGAGGAUCAACAUCAGGAACAACAGAAGGAGGAGCAGCAGCAGCAGCAACACGUAGUCUAGUUGGCCAAACCCUAAUUAGGGCUUUUUUUCAGGAUAUGCAAACCGCUAAAUCGCAUAAAUUAGGAACACAAAAUGCAUUCGAUAUAAAUCUAAUUGAUCGAUUAUCUGCACUUAUUAGGCAAGAGCUCAUACAAACUGCUGAUGAGGAAGCCGGUUUACAAGCAGGAGAAGAAGAAGGAGGAGGAGGAGAAGGAAUAAAUUGUACAGAUAGGGUUUCUUUUUCUCAACUUUCUUCUGCUAUUGAAGGAGCAACAAAAGUUUAUGGAUAUCGAGUAGAGGCUGUAUAUGACCAAACAUAUACUUUAUUGAAUGGUUUAUCUCAACUAAAGAUGGGCCAAUGGGGAGAAGAGCAAGGGAAUGAGCAAGCAGCAACAAAGAGGCAGCAGAGGCAGCAGCAGCAGCAGCAGCAGCGGCUUAAUUUAUUCUUUAAGGGCAGCAGCAGCACACUUGCACAUCCACAAGAUCUAAUUAAUGAUGAAACAGAAAUACCCGCACCUAUUGAUCCUUUCUUCCUGAAGAUGGCUAGUUUAUUUGAUCAAGCAGGAGCUCAGGGUUUAUUGUUAUCUAACCUCCAAUUAGAUAAUAAUAUGGGUCUGCGUAUGUAUGGAGAAUGUGCUGCAUUCCCUGAGGCAGACACAGCAGCAGCAGCAGCAGCAGCAGCAGCAACAGCAACAGCAACAGCAGCAACUGGUACAGCAGCAGCUACUGCAGCAGCACAUCCAGAAGCAUGCCUACUUGAUCCAAAGGCACUACUAGAUGCUGUGGCGGAUGUUUGUCCAAAUAAUCAAAUUGAUGCAACAAUUUGUGGUCCGGCAAUUCUUCAUUUUACUCAGCAAGUAGAGGCGCUGAAAAAAGAGUUAGAUGGAGAACUGCCAGCGGAGGCAGAAACUGAACAAAGCUCGUCAACAGGUUUAGGGGGGGCUGAUGCGGAGGAGGCGGAGGAGGAAGACGGUGGGGAGGAGUUGCUGCUAGGGUUUGAGGGAGCAGAUGCAGCAGCAGACGAAGCAGCAAACUCUUGGGAGCAGCAGGAGCAGCAGCAGGAGCAGCAGGAGCAGCAGCAGCUGCAGAUUACUGACCAAGAUCCAAUGGAGCAGCAGCAGCAGGAGCAGCAACAGCAGCAGGAACAGGAGCAGCAGAUGCCCACUUAUGAGGAUACUGCACCAAUGGACUUCGGAGGAGAGGAUUACGCUCGACUAGAAGAGGAGGCUGGUGCUCCAGAGAGGGCAGAGUCAUUAUUAGCUGUAUCUAAGGAAGGAAGAUGGUUUGAGGGUUUACAAGGGUUUGAUAGUUUAUUUGCUUCCUUUAAUUUAACGGAGGGUUUAGGGUUUAGGAAGAAUAAUUUACGAGGACAGGCAUCAUCUCGUGCUGCUGCUGCUGCUGCAGCAGCAGCAGCAGCAGGAGAUCCAUCAGCAGCAGCAGCAACAACAGCAGCAGCAGCAGCAGGAAAAUCGCAACAAAUACUCACUGCUCUAGACCCUUUCCUUGUAGAUAUGAGUGACCUCACCAAACCCGUUUCUCCUUAUCCUCUUCUUAAAGCAGAAAGAUGCAAUCCACCGGCACCUAAACCCAUCGACAACGUUUUUGUUGCGUGGGAUAUGACGAGUUGUCCAUUUAAAUCAUCACCAAUUGAAUUUACAUCUUUUGCUGUUUUGCCGGGGAGACAAUUGCGAUUUAAUUCUCAAGAAAAUAUUCAUCAUAAUAUUCAAUAUACAGAACAGGAUACAGGAAGCACUGGUAUGGAUUGUGGGGAUGAAGAAGGGUUUGGUGUUGUUGAUGAUUCUGUUCAUGGCACUGCUGCUGCAGCAAACAACGCAGUAAAGGCAACAUUAAAAAAAGCAUUAAAUAUAAAUAAAUAUAAAAAAGAUGCAGCAGCAGCAGCAGCAGCAGCAGCAGCAGCAGCAGCAGCAGCAGCAGAAGGAGCAGCAGCAGGAGAUGAAGAAGAUGCAGCAGAUACAACAGACCAAACAACCGCUAUUGUACCUGUCCAAACAGAGAGUGAUGACGAAGAUAUUGAAUUCACUCAUCUAUUCAAUAAAACAACAUCUUUGCUGCCAGCAGAGAGUCUAUUCCUUACUCCGUGCCCUGAGAGGAAAACAUUUGUUGUUAGACGCAACGCCAGCAUAGAGGAGCAGCAGCGUGACGAUCCUCUUGCUGCUGCUGCACUAGCAGCAGCAGCAGCACUUCCUCCUAUAGAUAUGCAGCAAAUAGUGCAGCAGCAGCAACAGGCAAUUGUACCACCAGCACUAGCGCUACAGCUGCAGCUGCAGCAGCAGCAGCAGGAGAGGGAAGAGGAGGAAGAAGAGCAACAGCAGCAAGAGCAAGAGCAGCAGCAGCGCAGCAAAAAAAGAGGAGCACCUCUACCUCAAGCAGCAGAUGCAGCAGCAGCAGCAACUCACCCUCCUAAUAAGAAAUCUAAAAACGAACAGCAGCAGCAGCAGCAGCAGCAGCAGCAGCAGCAGCAGCAGCAGCAUGCAGAAGGUAAGAAGAAGAAGACAAGACUUAGACGUCCUAUGCAAAGAAAGAGCCACAAACACAGCAGCAGCAGCAGCAGCAGCAGCAGCAGCAGCGACGCAGGUAGUGACGAGGAGGUCGUCACCUAA